UGGACACUGUGACAUUUAUAUAAAAGACAUCUCGAGAUUUUGGACUGGUGUGACAAGAUAAUGUUGCACAGAGUACAUCCGAGAAGAUGCCAAAUGGUGAUCGAGGUGGCAAGGCGGUGGCACCAAACAAGUUUAACAACUGAAUUGAUUGAGAACAUGGACAAAAAGGCAACAUGGGACCGAUUUUACUCUGAAACCAAUGAGCACACAAAAGAAUUCAAGAACUUUGAGUGGUUCUUCAAAUUUGACGCUGUGCAAGACAUCAUCCUGCCUCUGCUGAAGCCUCCAACAGAUUCAGACGCCUCAGUGCACGUACUGGACAUGGGCUGUGGGACUUCUGCUUUGGGACCUUCCAUUUAUAAGCAUGCACCAUGGCCGGUCAUUGUCACCUGUGUGGACAUAUCCCCAGUUGCCGUAAAGCUCAUGCAGGAACAUAGCAAGAAGACCACUGUUAAGCCUCAAAGUCCACUAUCCAGCUUAGCUUUCUUAGAACUGGACUGCACUCGGCUCAAGGAACACUUCAGGCCACAAAGUUUGGACUUGAUUAUGGAUAAAGGCACCACAGAUGCUCUGCUUAGGUCGCGGGAUGGACAGGUCAAGGCUGGGCAGAUCCUGAGGCAGUGCCUGAGUGUUCUACGCAGCACCGGAAGUCUAAUCCAGCUUUCAGAUGAAGACCCAGAUGCCAGGGUCUUGUGGCUGGAGAAAGAGACACUUGGCACUGGGGAGGUGGCUGCUAAUGUAGGGGUCCAGGAGGUUGGCGAGCUACGAGGAGUGUGCUACUAUUGUUAUGAAAUAACUCCUCGAACAACACAGCAAUGAAGUGUACUCU